AUGGGCAAUUUUCGCAUCACAGAGUGGCAGAAGCUGCCGGUCAGUUUGUCAGAGCUCUGCAUCAAUACAACCCUACGAUGUGGCCAAUCGUUCAGAUGGCGCAAAUCGGCCGAUGAUGAAUGGUCAUGUACGCUGCAUGGUCGCAUACUGUCCCUCCGUCAAGACCCCGAGUAUCUUCACUACCGAGCCAUUUUUCCUGCCGCUGCUCUCGCUCCUCCUACACCUCCCUACUCGCAUGCGGCUUCGGUAGCAGAGUCUACAGUGGAGGAGGAUGAUACUUUGAAGCUGUUAAAGCAUUAUUUGAACCUCGAACCAAAUCUUACGCAAUUAUAUGAGCAAUGGGCUUCGGCAGAUUCAAAUUUCAAGAAGAAGGCGCCAAAGUUCACGGGAGUACGGAUACUGAAACAAGAUGCUUGGGAGGCUCUGGUAGGAUUUAUUUGCAGUAGCAAUAACAACAUCGCGAGGAUAUCGCAGAUGGUGGAGAAGUUGUGCCUAAAUUAUGGGCCGCUAAUUGGACAUAUCGGUACUCAAGCUUACCACGACUUCCCACCCCCCGAAGCGCUUGUCGGACCGAAAGUCGAACAACACUUGCGAGAUCUAGGUUUUGGCUACAGGGCAAAGUAUCUGCAUCGAACAGCACAGAUUGUGGCUAAAGAGAAGGAACUUGGCUGGUUGGACAGCCUCAGAAACCCAGAAAGCGCCAAAUCAUUUAAGGGAAAGCAGUCCACCGGAGAGCUGGUGGAAGGGGGAAGAGAAGGAUACCGGCAUGCACACGAACAGCUUUUGGAGCUCCAAGGCGUUGGGCCCAAAGUUGCAGAUUGCGUCUGUUUGAUGGGACUGGGUUGGGGCGAAGCAGUACCUGUUGACACACACGUCUGGCAGAUAGCCCAGCGGGAUUACAAAUUUGGAAAGGGGAAGCAUAGUAGCCUGACUAAGGCUACAUAUGACGCCGUUGCGAAUCGCUUCCGGCAACUCUGGGGCAGAGAAGCAGGCUGGGCACACUCGGUGCUCUUUACUGCCGAUCUCAGGGCGUUCUCGGAGAGGCUUGUCGCUAAAGUGGAGGUGAAAGAUGAGGCAGAGAUAAUCAAGGGUGAAGCAGAUGGGAAGAUCAAAAUCGAAGACAUUGAAACAACUACAGUGGCUGAAAAGAAAUUAAAAAGAUCCCUCGAGCCUGAAGAGCACCAGGUUAUAAAGUUGGAAGAGGUGGAAGUCAAGAGAUCCAGACGAAGCAGGGUUAGAUGA